AUGUCUUCGGAAUACAACUACGACACCGAUGCGCAGUUUUUCCCCUUUUUCGUCCUGACAAUCACCUCUCUCGUCACGAUCCCGCUCACAUACACCCUGCUCCGAGCACCUUCCGAUACUCCUACAGCCAACAGCAAAGCCGCCCAUAUCCCAUCGAGCUAUCAGCCCGAGCAUGCUGACAUUAUCGAUGCCCAACGGUCGAAGCAGAAGCGCAAGGAGCUGCGUCUCAAGCGCAUGCUCACGGCGGCGACAGGAUGGCUGGUCAUGGCGUACAUGAUCUACCUCAUGUACGUGACCGCACGCUCUCAGCCGAAGAUCUGGAAUCCGUACGACAUCCUGGACGUCUCCUUGAGUGCAAGCGAGAAGCAGAUCAACAGCCGUUACCGCAGGCUAUCGGUUACCAUGCACCCGGACAAGCGUCAGCCUAACCCAGCGCUCAACGAGACCAUGGAGACAGUCAACGAUCAGUGGGUGGAGAUCGUGAAGGCGUACAAAGCGCUGACGGACGAGGAUGUCCGCAACAACUACAUCCAAUAUGGCAACCCGGACGGGAAGCAGAGCACCAGCUUCGGCAUUGCGCUGCCGCAGUUGCUCGUAGCGGAGGGCAGUGGAAAGUACGUGCUGGUGUUCUACGGGGCACUGCUGGGCAUCGCGCUGCCGUGGCUGGUUGGUAAAUGGUGGUAUGGCAUGCAGAAGAUGACGCGGGAGAGAGUGCUGAUGACGACUGCCGGCAACAUGUUUAAGGAGUGGAAGGAGCGCAUGGAUCCUGGUGAUGUCGUCUUCGCGAUCAGCAGUGCUACGGAAUUCACGGAGAUACUGCAAGGCGCGCGUGCCGACUCGGGCUUAGGAACGCUUGAGAAUCAACUGCAAGCCUCCGAUAGUGCAGAGAUGAGUAUAUUGCCAAAGGACAAGAAGAAGCUCGAGGAACUGGACGACGCCGCCCGGAGAAAGACGCUUGCCUUACUUUGGGCCUACCUUUCGCGACUGGACCUGAACGACAAAGCGCUGGAGGCGGAGAAGUACGAACUUGCACCUACGGCCGUGCAGAUGAACGACGCCUUUGUGUCGAUGUGUCUCGCCUAUGGUCUAACAGCACCAGUUUUGUCUGCUUACCACCUCACACAAAGUCUUGUGCAGGCCAUCCCACCCAUGCACAACCGCCUACCGCUCAUGCAGCUUCCACACUUCACGCUUAGUAUUAUCCAAGAAAUCGAGCACAAGACCGCCGUAAGCGGGAAGAAGGAACACCUCAGCAUUCAGAACUUCAUGGCUCUGCCGCCGGAGCAGCGCCAAGCGGUUGCCACAGCUGCAGGCCUGACGCCUGACCGUCUCGUUGUCGCCGAGGGCGUGGCGCGACAGUUACCGCUCAUGAAGAUCGAAAAGGCCUUCUUCAAGGUGCAGGGCGAGAAGUACAUCAUCCCGUCUUCGCUCGUCCAGUUCGUCAUCAAAGCCCGCUUCAUCCCACCCGGCACACCCGCAUCAAGCAUCCCACCCAUCGAGGACAAAGACCUCGUCGACGUCGACCCGGCAGAAGGCGACCUUGCAGCGCAGAAGCAGGAACCAGAGUCGCAUCCCGUACCGCUCGCAUACGCACCCUACUACCCUCGCGACCGCUCGCCCCGGUGGCACGUCUUCCUUGCGGAUAAUCGACAGGGCAAGAUCGCCGUGCCGCCUUUCACUUUCAUCCAAUUUGACAAGAAGGCGUUUGAGGAUGAUGGGAAAGGUGGCGUGAAGCCGACCUUUGCGGUGGUCACGCUGAAGAUGCAGUUCCAGGCGCCGCCGCAGGCGGGCGAGUUCAAGUUUCAGAUGCACGUUAUCUGUGAUAGUUACGUCGGGUUUGAUACUAAGCAGGAGGUCAUUAUGAACAUUGAAGAUGCAUCGAAGGCGCAGACGGUGGAUGACGAUGACGAUAUUAGUGAGCCUGAAGAAGACUCGAUCGCUGGGCAGAUGGCUACGCUGCGCGGACAGCCCACCGCAGACCCGAACAAGCCUCGUAGGCCACGAGCGGAGAAAAGGGCGCAGGGCGAUGAGGAGAGUGAUUACGAAAGUGGCACGGACGAAGAUGAGGAUGAGGAGAGCGAGACGGAUACAGAUACCGACUCGGACGACGAGUAG